GAAAACAAACAAUCAAAAUUCCAUGUAGCGAAAGUCAAUUUGUUGGAAUAUUUGGGCCAUGGAUUCAACGUUACUCAUCCUGUAAAAGAAAAUACACAUGUAUUUUUAAAGGCAUAUGUAAUGUUAUAUGUUGUAUCAACAUUUGAUUUUCAAAAAAUACCUGAAAUGAAAGUAGAGUGGUAUACUGAAACAAUCACUGAUACUCAUAAUAAUAGUAUUUCUACAAGAUUUAUUAUUAUUAAAUUUCAAGUAGAUAUGAUUAGCUAUCAAAUUCAAAG